AUGAAUGAAGCCAAGAUACAACUUCUUGGUGUACUUCGAGAAGCUACUUCUCAAGAUUAUCAACGCAUAAGACAAGCUGAAAAUAUGUUGAAACAAUGGGAAAAUGAGCCAAGUUUCUUUGCCACUUUACAGGAUAUAUUCUACGAUCGUUCUAUUGAACAUGAUAUCCGUUUCUUAAGCGGUAUCUAUCUUAAAAAUGGUAUUGAUCGAUUUUGGAGAAGAACAGCUAAAAAUCCUAUUCAACCUGAAGAAAAGAAAGCAAUUCGUCAACGUUUACUUCAAUUCAUUGACGAACCAAGUAAAAAGCUUACAGCGCAAAAUGCAGUUAUUGUCGCACGUAUUGCUCGUCUUGAUUAUCCUCGAGAAUGGCCCGAGUUAUUAUCAACGAUGAUUCAAGCAUUAAAUAAUACAAAUCAUACAAAUGAAGAGCAUGCACGCCUUAUACAUCAUCGUGCUUUAGAAAUGUUAUUUGAAGUAUUAUCCGAAUUAAGUACAAGAUUAUUAUCUGCAGGACGUAAACAAUUUUCAGAUAUUGCACCUCAUGUCUUUCAAACAGUUGCUCAGAUUUACUUGGUUUAUGUUGAUCGUACAUUAGCUCAAUUAACUAAUCCUGUUAAUGAAACGUCUUUGUUAGCUGAAUUGAAUAUCGUUUCUAUUUGUGUAAAAUGCUUAAAGAUCUUGACUGUUAGUGGAAUUAAAGAUGUUCAUAAAUAUGACGAAACAAGAGUAAAGUAUAAAUUACAUUAUAUACAUGUAAGCUAA